AUGUGCAUCCAGACCGGGGGCGGGGUGCACACGCAGGAGGAGGGGGGCAGCAGGCGUUCUGGAGAACCGUUUCCAGAAGAGGCCGGAGUGGAAAAGGAAGGUAAGAACAAGCCCGUGGUUUACAUCACAUACUCUUAUGCUACAGUGUGGAUGAUCUGUAGCAAAUUCAAAGCCACCUACGAUGGCAACCAUGAUACUUUCCAGGUAGAGUUUCUGGUCAUUCCCUCAGCAGUAUUAGCCUUUCUAGUGAAUCGAUUUACUCCCCUGGAAAUUCUCUGGACAUUCUCCAUCUACCUGGAGUCGGUAGCUAUCUGGCCACAACUCCUCAUGGUUAAUAAGACGGGUGAGGAAGAGACCAUCACAAGCCACUAUCUCUUCGCCUUGGGUGUCUACUGUGCCCUCUAUCUACUCAACUGGAUCUGGCGUUAUCAGUCUGAGGGCUUCUUUGACCUCACUGCGGUUGUGGCUGGCUUGGUGCUAACUGUACUCUGUUGGGAUUUCUUCUACCUCUAUAUUACAAAGGUUCUAAAAGGCAAGAAGUUGAGUUUGCCGGCAUAGUACUAAGACCACAACAAGAUCCUUUGAU